ACAGGUUUACGUGUGUCUGAUGCUGUAAUAACACAACAGAAGUAGAAGAAAAUCAAGAACCUGUAGAAGAUGUCGGAGUACGCCACGGUUCAGAAGAGUGUCCUGAAAUUAAAAGGCGCAGGAAGCAUUUCAUCUGGGAAAAAGAAGAAGAAGAAGGAUAAAGAGAGUAAGCAUCGCUUGGAGCAGGUCGUGACCAGUCAAAACGACGAGGAGGUGAAAACCAAGAAAGCAUAUAUUGACAAACGGACACCGGCACAAAUAGCCUUUGACAAGAUGCAAGAAAAGAGGCAAAUGGAGAGGAUUUUGAACAAAGCUUCAAAGACCCACAAACACAGAGUGGAGGAUUUCAAUCGUCAUCUGGACACCCUGACAGAGCAUUAUGAUAUUCCCAAGGUCAGCUGGACCAAAUAGAAGAGGAGCAAAUGUUCACUUUGUUGUUUUGUUUACCGCUUGUACAAAAAUCUCGCACAUCAUGUUUUUGAAACGUGUAUUUGUUACUUGCUAAUUUUAUCGAUAUACAAUUAAAAUUUGUUCAACUGGCUUUCAUUUAUGCUUUUGUUGUAAUUGCUGGUGUAUACAAUAAAGGAUUUGUGUAGA